UUGACGUGCUGCAACAUGGCGAGCAAGGAGCCUAGUCGCUUUCUCCAGCACCUGAGAGAUCUGGCUGGUCGGAUGUCUUCUUCUGGUGGAAAAGGGGUAGGAUUAGGUCUGAAGCUGCUAAUCGGAGCUGGUGCAUUGGUUUAUGGUAAAGAAGCCACCUACACAGUGGAGGGUGGUCACAGAGCCAUCAUCUUCAGUAGGAUUGGAGGGAUGCAGAUGGACACUGUCCUUGCUGAGGGACUACAUUUCAGGAUCCCAUGGUUUCAAUACCCUAUCAUCUAUGACAUUAGAGCUCAACCCAGGAAAAUCUCCUCUCUGACUGGUAGUAAAGAUCUGCAGAUGGUGAAUAUUGCAGUGCGGGUGUUGUCCAGACCCAUGGCAUCUAACUUGCCAGUCAUGUACCAACAGCUGGGGAAGGACUACGAUGAGAGAGUACUGCCUUCCAUUGUCAAUGAGGUCCUCAAGUCUGUGGUGGCAAAGUUUAAUGCCUCACAGCUCAUUACACAAAGAGCACAGGUGUCACUGCUGGUGCGCAGGGAGUUGUUUGAGAGAGCCAAAGACUUUAACAUCAUUCUUGAUGAUGUGGCCAUCACUGAGCUGAGCUUCAGUAGCCAGUACACUGCUGCUGUGGAGGCCAAGCAAGUUGCCCAGCAGGAAGCUCAGAGAGCACAGUUCUACGUGGAGAAAGCCAAACAGGACCAGCGACAGAAGAUCAUCCAGGCUGAAGGAGAGGCGGAAGCUGCUAGAAUGCUGGGUCAAGCUGUGACUAAGAAUCCUGGCUACCUGAAGCUGAGGAGAAUCAGAGCAGCACAGAACAUUGCAAAGACGGUGGCGUCAUCUCAAAAUAAGGUGUACCUUAAUGCUGACAGUUUGGUCCUGAACCUACAAGACCAGACAUUUUUUAACAACUUGUCACUGGGCCAAAAGAAGUAAUGAAGAGGACAUCAAUUGAGGCAGUACAGCUUUCGGUCUCAUCAACUUCAUGAAUAGUGUAGGUUUUUGCUUGGCAUUGAAAAUCAACUUACAUGACUCUGAACAAGUGUGACUCUGGACAAAGAAGCGAAAUGUAUUUUUGUUUGAACUGUGUUUUCUACUUCUUGCACACACAUUUGGGAGUGAUGUGUAUUAUUUUUGUCAAUCAGUUACUUCAGAUCAAACAAAAUUGCCAUUUCUACACCAUGGUGAAUAAAUAAGUAGCAGAUUUGUCACAGAUUGUGACAGGUGUGUCACAGGUGUUUGCAUGGGCCCUAGCUGGUGAAACAAUGAAUGCAACAGUAUUUUUGAAUGCAUUUGGAAGACCACUGCCCCCAUCAGAAGGAGCUGAUAGUGUCAAAGCAUGAGACUUCACUGCAGCACCACACGGAGUCAUGCUCAAUGGCAGAUUUCACUCCUGUAUACAGCUCCUAUAGUUAUCUCAGUUUGGCUGCCAGUCUUUUCUCUGGGUUCAACCAAUUAUCAGAUCCGAUAAUCAGCAUUUUUCCAAUUCUCGAUAUAGUUGUUUUUCAACUUAUGCUGAAAUAAGUGAAUAAGUUUGAAAAUUAACCAUGCUGGCUGUGGUGCAGCCACUUCUCUAUCUGUGCUCACUCAAGCAAUUUCCCAGCCACAACAUUAUCUGACUGAUUAAACAUCACAAGUGACAGCCAAUAAACACUCAAGAUUAAAUUGUGUAAUCUCUUUUAAACAUGUAAAACAUAAAAAAUAUUAAAAGAAAGUUUUGUGUUCGACUAUGUGUUAUUCUGAAUUUUGACACCAAGAUUUUAAAUUUGAUCAAAGUGUACAUUUGUUCCAAACAUCAUUUAUAGGUCUCUUUAUCAGCACCUGAAAAAGCUGUAUCAUUUGACCCCUACUCUUCAUACAUUUCAUCAAAAAAAUAUUCUAGUCUCCCUCCGAAUAGUGCUCACAGUUAUAAAUGGAUGUUUGUCAGGGCUUCAUCUGUCCACCCAGGUGAAGCUGAUGAAAGAGAUGUUUGGUGACAUUCACUAUAUUGCCAAAAGUAUUCGCACGCCUGCCUCGACUCGCAUAUGAACGUAAGUGACAUCCCAUUCCUAAUCCUUAGGGUUCAAUAUGAUGACGGCCCACCCUUUGCAGCUAUAACAGCUUAACUCUUCUGGGAAGGCUGUCCACAAGGUUUAGGAGUGUGCUUGUGGGAAAUUUUGACCAUUCCUUCAGAAGCUCAUUUGUGAGGUCACACACUGAUGUUGGACCAGAAGGCCUGGCUCUCAGUCUCCGCUCUAAUUCAUCCCAAAGAUGUUCUAUUGGGCUGAGGUCAGGAUUCUGUGCAGGCCAGUCAAAUUCAUCCACACCAGACUCUGUCAUCCAUGUCUUUAUGGACCUUGCUUUCUGCACUGGUGCAUAGUCAGGUUUGAAGAGGAAGGGGCCAGCUCCAAACUGUUCCCACUACGUUGGGAGCAUGGAAUUGUCCAAAAUGUCUUGGUAUGCUGAAGCAUUCAGAGUUCCUUUCACUGGAACUAAGGGGCCAAGCCCACACCAUAUAACCUCCCCCCUUCAUCAAACUUUACACUUGGCACAAUGCAGUCCGACAAAUAUCAUUCUCAUGGCAACCGCCAAACCCAGACUGGUCCAUUAGAUUGCCAGAUGGAGAAGCACGAAGUAACUCCAUUCCAUGAAGCUCUCUGCGCACUGUUCUUGAGCUAAUCUGAAGGUCACAUGAAGUUUGAAGGUCAGUAGCAAUUGACUCUGCAGAAAGUUGGCGACCUCUUGGCACUAAGCGCCUCAGCAUCUGCUGACCCGCUCUGUCAGUUUAUGUGGCCGACCACUUGGUGGUUGAGUUGCUGUCGUUCCCACACACUUCCACCUUCUUAAAAUACAGCUGACAGUUGACUGUGGAGUAUUUAGGAGCGAGGAAAUGUCACGACUGGAUUUGUUGCAAAGGUGGCAACCUAUCACAGUUCCACUCUGGAAUUCACUGAGCUCCUGAUAGCGACUCCUUCUUUCACAAGUGUUUGUAAAAGCAGUCUGCAUGCCUAGUUGCUUGAUUUAUUUAUUUUUUUACACCUGUGGCCAUGGAAGUGAUUGGAACACCUGAUUCUGAUUUUUUUUUUGGAUGGAUGAGCAAAUAUUUUUGGCAAUAUAGUAUAUCUUUUAAUAAACUUCUAUUAUAUAUA